AUGUUUAGAUCAUUGGGCAUAAGACCCUUCACAAGGCUGGCCAACAACCGCUGUAUAUCGCGGCCAAACUUGGUCAACUCUUGUGCUGCUAGAAACUUCUCAUCUAGUAUUCGUCGAUAUCAAAAAGCGGCUGAAUUCCAAGAUGAACUCGAGGGUGAGAGAAAGUGGUCUACGCCUUUGGCUAAACAGCUCUUUUCUGCCAUCUCAACGACAGGACCUGUUCCAUUGGCAAGCUACAUGCGAAUGUGUUUAACUGGUGAUAUUGGAGGCUACUAUACUGGAGCCAUUGGUGAAGGUCGAGAUCAGUUUGGAACAAAGGGAGACUUUGUCACUUCGCCAGAGAUCUCGCAAAUCUUUGGUGAACUCAUUGGUAUCUGGUUCAUCGCCGAGUGGAUGAGCCAGGGUCGACCAAAACAGGGAGUUCAGAUUAUCGAGGUUGGACCUGGCCGUGGUACUCUGAUGGAUGAUUUGCUUCGAACAAUCCAACGAUUCCCUGCUAUGGCUAAUAGCAUCGACGCUGUCUACAUGGUUGAGGCCAGUCGUGAGCUCCGAAAUGCUCAAAAGGAGCUUCUCUGCGGACCUGGCGCCUCUUCAUCUGAGUUAGAAUCUGGCUUCCACAGUUCUAGCAAGUACAAUGGUAAGAAGAUUGUUUGGACGGAUAACAUCAAGUCAAUCCCAUACGGUAAGCAACGCCAUCUUAUUGUUCUGCACUUCAAAGCUAACAUCAUUAUGGAAUCUGACAAGAUGCCCUUUAUAAUCGCCCACGAGUUCUUUGACGCACUACCUAUACACAGUUUUCAAUCCGCCCCUGCUGCUACCCCUCAACCAAAGCCCUCUUCAUCUACUUCAGCUCCUCAGCCACCACCCGAAAAUACCAAGCCCACCAUGGAAUGGCGAGAGAUGAUGGUAUCGCCUACACCACCGGGCGUCACUCAUGCCCAGCUCGGAACACCAAAGUCAGAGCAACAUGAGCCCCCCCCUGAAUUCCAACUUACUCUUUCGUCUACCCCCACCCGCCACUCUCGCUUCCUCCCCGAGACCUCUUCUCGAUAUCGCAAGCUCAAGAGCAUGCCCAACUCGAACAUUGAAAUCUGCCCGGAUGCUUCUAUCUUUGCUACGGACUUUGCGACUCGUGUCGGUGGUUCAGAUGAACAUCCCAAGCCCAAGCCCAGUGGUGCGGCUCUCAUUCUUGAUUACGGAACCUCAGACACUGUCCCUAUCAACUCCCUUCGAGGCAUCCGUCAUCACAGGCGUGUGAGCCCCUUCUCCGCGCCCGGUCUGGUUGAUCUGAGCGCUGACGUUGAUUUCACCGCCAUUGCCGAAGUGGCCAUGUCGGCAAGUGAGGGUGUUGAGGUCCAUGGCCCUGUCACCCAAGGCGAUUUCCUUACGGUGAUGGGUAUCCGUGAGCGUGCCGAACAGUUGACCAAGACUCCUGGCGUAGAGAAGGACACCAUUGACAAGAUCGACGGUGCCUGGAAGCGUCUUGUUGAUAAGGGUCCAGACGGUAUGGGGAAAUUGUACAAAGUGUUGGCCAUUCUGCCUGAAAACGAUGGUCGAAGACGACCAGUUGGAUUUGGAGGUGAUGUAUUGGGUUAG